AUGUCUGUAUCUGGAGAAAUAACUCGAAUUGCGCUGAACGGCAUCGACGACUGGAAUCGUAUCCAAGAAGAAUUUGAUUCCAAUGUAUUGGACAUUCUUAAUUCUACACUUGCUGCUGGAGAGCCCAUAUCAGCCGAAGAUAAAGAGAUGUUACUCAAGUGCUUGAAAGAUUGGCAAAAAGAGGCAUUUGAUACUGCUAAACCCAACAUAUCAGUAAACGGGCAGGACCUCGAGAACUAUGUUCCUGAAGCUGAAGAAACCGAGCCCUAUGACGAACUCUUGAACGGCCGGAGGCAAGCUUCGACUGAAGAACAAUUGGUCUGGGAUAAGACGCUGGCAGACAGGCGGAGAAAAGCACCCAGGGAAGUUGAAAGGGUUGUGGAGGACCUUUUGCUACGACAACGCAUGGCAAUACCUGUUUCUGUCCCUCUCCGGCCUCCAGUGCCACGUGAAAUCGAAGAGGUGCCCCGAUGGGAGGAUGUUGUCGAAACUCAUAAAGAAACAGCUGCUAUUGCAGUCAAAUUGGGAAAAGAGGAGCCUACUCUCAUGCAGCGAGCCCAAAGGGCUAAAAAAGUCGGCCAAACUAUCGCUUCGCUACCCUCCCAGUAA